UUUUAGCCAUGGAUCAUAUAGAAAGCAAAGAGGAAGGAGAUGAUAAAAGCACAUUUAUAACCGGUGUUGAAAGAGCAAGCAAUCAAGAAAAUUUCAAGGCUCUAUGAGGUCAAUUAUCAGAUGUAGUAGAGAACCAAUGUAAAUUCACAUAUUCCAUGAAAAGGAAUGAGAAGGACUUUCUGACUGCUUACAGAGGCCAUAUGCUCAAAAUUCAAAAAGAGCUAGAAUUCUUCAAAUCUAAAUUCAACGAACAAGAUCUUCGCCAAAAGAUGGAUGACAGAGUAAAGAACCUUGAAUGGUUCAAAAAUGAAGCCCUCACAUUACAAAAAUAAGAUGAAUGAUUAUAAAAGAGAAGCUGAUAAAUGGAGACAUAGGUGCCAACUACUUGAAGAUGAUAACUGCUUCUUGGAAGUAAAGCUUAAAAGGCAGAAUAGGAUCUUGAAAAUCGCUCUUGGGAAAUCCCAAAGCCACUGAGAGCAACUUAUUGAAGAGAUUCAGAAGCAUCCAGAUGUAGUCAAAGACAUCAAUAAGGAUUUACUCAUUGUUGGUAAAGGUGGAGAAAUCACUUUGGAGGAGAAACUCCUACUCAAAGAUGAAGGAGAGCUUACUAAAUACUCAUUCACUCCUAGAAGCCCUACAAAUGUCAAAUUAGGUAAUAAACAUCAUGGUCCAAGUAGCCCAAAAGUGUAUGAGAAUAAGCCCAGAGCUUUUGUUGAUUAUAUCACUGAGCUAAAACUCAGCAAGGAUGACUUCGCAUCUGAGCUAGAAAGAUAUCUCUCAAAGCAAGAAUCACGGUUCCAAGGUGUAGUCGGCAGUAUAAAGAGUUUGCUUGAGAAAGAAAAAGUUAAGAAUAGAAAACUCAGUACUUCCUUAGCAAAUAAGCAAUCUGAAAUAGUCAAGGAUAAAAUGCUCGGACUUUUUGAAGGCAAAAAGCCCUCAGCUGCUUCUAAGAAGAAGAUCAAUAACUUUAACAUGACUAGGAAGGCUAGAACAGCAGGCGGAACAAGAUCGACUCAUCUCAGGAGAACCUUGAAGAACGGACCCAAGCUGGCCUUCAUGAACCCAAGAAUUGUUAUGAAAUAA